ACAAGUUCAUUUCUGCUCCUCAAGCCCCAAAUUCCCAUGGCUAGGACAGGGCUUGUUUACCUAACAGCACCACCCACAGACCUCCACAAGGAACAAAGAUGAAGGCUUCAGGACCCAUUUUAGCCCAUGAACUCACUUGCUUUCUGCCCAGUGUCAGGUCUGGGAGGUGAGUGAGAUGUGGUAAUGCAAGAAAAUUCUGCUCACAUAGGUGCAGCCUGAUGAGCCAAGAAUAUGGGGACAGCUACAGCUGUUCCUCUUCCCAGCUUGCUUCCCUUCCCGGAGGAGCUGGAGGAUGGGGAAUUCCUGAGAAUGGGCUAAGGGUCUGGCUCCCCAGAGAAGUGUUGGGUAUAUUGGACUGACUCUAUCUUGGUCACCUAAACCUUACUAAAUAGCCUUUCCCAGGAAGAGGUCUUCAGGCUGCUAGACUAGGGUGCCAGCCCAGAAGGGGAAAUUGAGGCAGGCCUCCCCUCCCAAGAGGGUCAUUGCAACUCAAGAUCCCAGGAAGCUGUGGAGACAGCCUCAGCCCCUCCUACUGUUCUAGGUGCUAAUCCCAGCACAGACCACUCAGGAAAGAGGAUUGGCUGAGUAACUUGGAGAAGGGGCGUCACCACUACCUCGCCCAAGGGUUAAAUAGGGGUACAGGCAAGAUGCUCAGAAGUACUAUAUUCCUGAACCAGAUCAUGACCCAGCCCCUCAAGCUCGCCUCCAGAGUGUUGCAUCGCGCCCGCUGUGCUUCCGAGCCGGGCGCCUCACUGGGCUCCAGAAGCUCUGGCUCAGCGCCCUGGAGCUUGGCGGACAUCCCAGGCCCCUCCACGCCGGGUUUCCUUGCCGAACUUUUCUGCAAGGGGGGACUGUCGCGGCUACACGAGCUGCAGGUUAGGGGCACCGCACGCUUCGGUCCUGUGUGGUUGGCCAGCUUCGGGAAGGUGCGCACGGUGUACGUGGCGGCCCCUACACUCAUUGAGCAACUGCUGCGACAGGAGGGGCCCCGGCCGGAGCGCUGCAGCUUCUCGCCCUGGGUUGAGCACCGUCGCCGGCGCCAGCGGGCUUGCGGACUGCUCACCGCGGAAGGCGAAGAAUGGCAAAGGCUCCGCAGCCUCCUUGCCCCGCUCCUCCUCCGGCCUCAAGCGGCUGCCCGCUAUGCCAGGACCCUAGACAACGUGGUUCUUGACCUUGUGCAACGGCUGCGAUGCCAACGGGGACGCGGUGCUGGGCCCCCCGCCCUGGUUCGUGAUGUAGCCGGAGAGUUUUACAAGUUUGGACUGGAAGGCAUAGCUGCCGUGUUGCUGGGUUCGCGCCUGGGCUGCCUGGAAGCCAAAGUGCCUCCAGAUACAGAGACGUUCAUUCACGCCGUGGGAUCUGUGUUUGUGUCCACACUGUUGACCAUGGCGAUGCCCGAAUGGCUGAACCGCCUUGUGCCGGGACCCUGGGGGCGCCUUUGCCAAGAUUGGGACCAGAUGUUUGCAUUUGCCCAGAAGCACAUGGAACGGCGAGAGGCUGAGACAGCCAUGAGGAGCCAGAGAAGGCCUGAGGAGGAAAAGGGAUCUGGGGUGCACCUGACCUACUUCCUGUUCCAGGAACAGUUGCCUGCCCCUUCCAUCCUGGGGAAUGUGACAGAGCUGCUGCUAGCUGGAGUGGACACGGUAUCCAACACCCUCGCCUGGGCUUUAUAUGAGCUCUCCCGACACCCAGAAGUCCAAACGGCACUCCAUUCUGAGAUCACAGCUGCCUUGGGCCAGGGGUCCAAUGCCCACUCCUCAGCCACUGCUCUGUCCCAGCUGCCCCUGCUGAAGGCAGUUCUCAAGGAGGUGCUAAGACUGUACCCCGUAGUGCCUGGAAAUUCCCGUGUUCCAGACAGGGACAUUCGUGUAGGCGAUUAUACUAUCCCCAAAAACACGCUGGUCACUCUGUGUCACUAUGCUACUUCAAGGGACCCUUCUCAGUUCCCGGAGCCAAAUACUUUUCGUCCAGCUCGCUGGCUGGGGGAAGGUCCAGCUCCCCACCCAUUUGCAUCUCUUCCCUUUGGCUUCGGCAAGCGCAGCUGCAUGGGGAGACGCCUGGCAGAGCUUGAGCUGCAAAUGGCUUUGGCCCAGAUCUUGACCCACUUUGAGGUACAGCCUGAGCCAGGCGCUGCUCCGAUCAGACCCAUGACCCGGACUGUGCUGGUACCCGAGAGGAGCAUUAACCUACAGUUUGUGGACAGAUAGUCCUGUGGAAGGAUGCUGUUAUCAUUACCCUUUCUCUUUUCAUGGAGGUUUACUAGGCAUAAGAGCAAGAGAUGUGUGUUUCCCCUGAGGACUGUCUAUCUGAUCAGACUGGUCAGAAUGACCAUAGCAAAUGGUUUGAGGCAGCCCUGACCAAGGUGUGAAGUGUGCAUUUGGCCUGACCCAGCAGGCCCAGAGAAAACCGUAGUCCCUCUGCCUGUUCAGCCCUUCUCCUGGUCGUGUCAUAUGUAUCCUUCCAGGGCUAGCUCAGACUAUGAAUAAUGCUGGGCGAUCUGAGGGAGAAUUCCACUGCUGCCCUUUUGGGGUUUCCACAGUGUUCAUUGAUGCUGCUGGCUAAGCUCUUGGCAUGACACAAGCUAAGUACUUGUGCAUCUGGUCUGCACCUGGUUGGUCCUCUCUCCUUGUUAUGUGAGCUCUUUGAGAGGAAAAAUGAGGCCUUAUUCAGUCUUUAUAUCCCCUACCAGGGCCUAUCCCUAAGUGAUACCACAAAAAUUCUCAGACUGAAUCUGGACCAUGUAGCAGAAGGUUACCAAAGCUCCAAGCAGCUUACCAAGAUCUGUCUACCCCAUUCCUUCCUCACCUUGCCCCUAGGAGGGUGAGUCUGCCCUUGCCUGGUUUAUAAUUAAAAAAAAAAAAAAGAACU